CACUGCGGGGCUGGCACCGGGGCCGCGGCGGCGGCUCCGCGCCGCUUCCUGCCGCCGCCCUUAAAGGUGCGGAGCGGCGGAGGGCGCGGGUGGGGUGCGACCCGUGGAGCCAGGAUGAUCCAGCGGCACCAGCUGGUGCAGUCUGUGCUGCAGGAGCUGCAGGAAGCCACCGAAUGCUUUGGUCUGGAGGGCCUUGCCAGUGCUGCACUGGAGGCAGAGAGGACCCUGUCAUCUUUCUCCCUGCCUGGCUAUUGCAGGAGGCAAUUUCAAGAGGAGCUAGAAGUUGAUCGAGUAGCCAGGAGCCUGUACCCAGAGGAUGCUCCAAGUAACAUGCUGCCUCUGGUUUGCAAAGGUGAGGGGAACCGCCUCUUUGAGGCAGCCAGUGUACUGCUCUGGGGCAACCCCAGCCUCAGCCUGGAGCUGCAGGUGCGCACAGUGGUGGAGAUGCUGCUGCACAAGCAGUACUACCUGAGUGGCAUGAUUGACUCCAAGGUGAUGCUGCAGGCUGCCCGCUACUCACUCUGCACGGAGGAGACACCAGAGAUGACCAGCCUCCCCAUGGCUAUCCUGGAGGCUAUCUUCGAUGCAGAUAUCAAAGCUACCUGCUUUCCUGGCACCUUUGCCAAUAUGUGGCAUGUCUAUGCUCUUGCCUCAGUGCUGCAGUGUAACAUCUACUCAAUCUAUCCCAUGAGCAACCUGAAGAUCCGGCCAUAUUUCAACCGGCUCAUCCGGCCCAGGAAGUGUGGCCCUCAGACCUCCACUCUCCACAUCAUGUGGUCAGGGCAGCAGCUCUCCAGGCAGGUCUUCAAAGCACAGUACUUUGUGGCUGUAGUUGGUCUGGAGGAGCUGGAACCUACCAUACCUUCAUCAGAGCCUCCUGUCCAGCCCAUGAAGACUCUGGAGCUGCUGAAUAGUGACCCCCAGCUGACCUACUCCAACCUGCGUGACAGGUACAGCAUCACCAAGAGCACCUUCUACCGCUGGAAGCGCCAGUCUCGGGAACACCGGCAGAAAGCGGCUGCCAGGUUUGCAGCUAAACACUUCCUCCAGUCCUGCUUUCAAGAGGGCAACGUUGUCCCGCUCCAGCACUUCCGACAAAUGUUUCCGGAAAUCUCCCGAUCCACAUAUUAUGCCUGGAAGCAUGAGAUGCAGAGCAUGGUCAAUGGUGAUACCUCUGAUCUGACUGAGGCCCAUGGGUUGCGGGAGCUUCACAGGGAGGUUCCAAAGAAGGCUGAUGUUAAUGAGCCAACAAAGGCAGAGGCAAGUUUAAGGCCCCCGAGUCCUUCCCUAGACCCAGUCCAAGCAGGGAUCUUCAUGCGAGGAGCCAAAUCUUACCUGGAGAAAUGCAUCUCCAUGAACACUCUGGUGCCUUACAGGUGCUUCAAGCACAGCUUCCCCGGCAUCUCCAGGUCCACUUACUACAAUUGGCGAAGAAAAGCAAUCAAAGAGAACCCCAACUUCAAACCCCCCCAGCCUCCCUUGAAUAACCAGAAACCUCUACCCAUGGAAAAGCCACUUCUGCAGCUGAAACCGAGCAGCUUGCCUGCUAGGAAGAGGCUGAAUGGAGAUCAGCCGGCAGCCAGGAGUCUCCUGCAGCUCAAGCCCUCUCUGUGCUGGAGGAAGCGGCUGAGAGAUGUGGCCCGGAGACAGGUCCAGCAGUGGCAGCUGCCAUUCAGCAAGUUUUGCCUACGCUAUCCAACACUCUCUUCCACAACCUACUGGUUUUGGAAGGGCAGCAGCCGAGCAUCUGGGCAGCAUCGCCUUUGCAGCUCCAAUCGGCCUUUGAACAGGAUUACUUCCCUGGCACUGCAGAGAUCUGAGCCAAGUGUCAAGCCCCAGCUCCACAUGGAGCUAGCAACCAAGCAUCUGGACAAGUCAGCACCAGCCACUCCAUACAAUGCCACCAUUUCAGGCUACCCUGUGUCAGAGAGAGCCAACAGUCAGAUGUUUGUGAUGGAUGUGAUUGCCACCACCCAGUUCAAGGCACAAGCCAAGCUGUUCCUGCAGCAGCGCUUUGAGUCGAAGACCUUCCCCACCUACAAGGAGUUCAGUGCCCGCUUCCCCCUCACAGCCCGCUCCACCUACUACAUGUGGAAGCGUGCCCUGCAUGAUGGGCUGACCCUUGUGGAUGCAUGAGGUCCACCUGGCCGUGGUUCUCCAUUGAUGUGCCCUAUGACCUGCUGGUGGGGUGUCCAAGCCAGGGCCCAGGUCAAACUUUUGGUUUGUUUUUUUUCUGUUUGUAGUCUUUUUCUUUUUUUUUCUAUGUGAUUGAAUCAGGUAUGAGAAUGCCUACACAGUGCCCACUCCUGGAGAUGGAAGGAGUGGGAGGCAGGUACUGACCGCCCCAAAGGAGAGGGGCAGAAGGGUUUUGCCUUCUUUGCACUCAGGGAUCAAGUAGGGGUCAUAGGAUUCUGUCAGGCUUCCAGUGUAUGCUUGAGGUAGAGGGUUUGAAGGCCUCUCUGUCCUGGGAAUUUGUGUGAAGGAGUGAUGGGGACAUGCAGAACUCAGCAUAGAGGAGCCCAGCAUCCCCUCGGUGAGAAGGAGGGGCUGGAGGAGUGCUCAGCACUGAGGUAUAAAUCUCUGAUCUGUGCUCCUCCUUGUUAAGGAGGUUGAAGGCUUUAUAUGAUGCUGCUUGGGCUUUGUGGCUUUUAAUACUUGUCCUGGCUGCCCUGAUUUCCCCUAGAGGAAACAGAGGCAGGUAGAGGGGAGGGGGUGGUUGUUUUGUGUCCCUGAUGCAAUCUAUGUUGGGCUCCCUCAGCAAGCCAGAAGCCAGCAUCUUUUGUAGGCACUGAAGCAUCUUGACAGGACUUUUCUGGUCUUGUAGCAAUUACCUCUUUGGUGGUCCUUAACUCUCUCAGAGCUGCCUUAUCCUCUGUGUCUCUUCCCUAGUGCCUGUGUGAAGGUGUCUGCCUGCUGUAGGGCGGAGACCAGGUGCUGCAGGCCCUAAGUCUUUGCUUUCCCUGAAUCAUGCUACAAGUCCAGUGUGGUGUGGCUGUCACUUUACAGCAUGCCUGUGGCAGUCAUGGCUGUGCACACCCAAAUUGUAAGAAUUAAAAGCAAUAAAAACUUCCAUUCUCAGUCCUGUGUGGUUCUUCCCUUGUGCAUGAGGGAUCAGAAUGGUCCUGUGGGCACCCUUAGGAGGCCCUAGUGAUGUGAUGGAACAGUGCUGAGUGCCAGCAGGAUCUCACCACCAUUGAUACACCCCUAGAAAAUGUUCUUUGUGAGGAGAACGAAUACUUGUGUGUGGUCUCAUAGGAGGGAUCUGGGGGUGGUGGGUGCUGUGGGAAGAGCCAUGCACUGUGGGAAGGCCCCUGCACUGGGGUGCAGGGAGAUGCUGAGCAAUGCUUGGUGCCACUGCAGAGAGCUCUGAGCUCUGUGUGUCAGGAAGUAAUUGGAGUAAUUAGCUGCCAGUGAUUUCUCACCAGUGAACUCCUCCAAGGGAGUAAGCUGGUAAUUACUCUAGAAUGAUUAUCUAUGUCUCUGAACUGCUGGGGACUCGAGGUAACUGCUUUCCAUGGCAGCAGUAAGCUGUGAAGGUGCACAAGGCCUCUAGAGCAAAGCUAUGCCUUCAUUCUACUGAACCUAGGGGACAAAGGAUGGUUUGUGUGACCACCAAGCUCAGGUCCCUCAGGGGGCUCUGAGCUGUGGGCAGCAGCAGGGGUGGAGCUGGGAUUUACAUCCAGCAUACUGUGUAUUUGCUGGGGGAGAGCAGGAGAGCCUGUGGGGACUUCCCAGCCCUCCACAGAGUGGAGCAAUGGUUCAUCUUUGUUACCAUUGUCUGACUCCUCUCAAAUGGGGAUUUUUGCACACCUUGCAUCAGGCUGCUGCUCAGUAAUCUACUAUUUUCUUGCAAAAUGCUUGAGGAGAUCCAGGUAUUAUGCUUUCUUUGUCCUUAGCUGGGUGCCUGGAUGGGGAGUCGUGUAAAAAUAACAUUCUUCCAAGAGUUUUACAUGUGCACUUAUACAUGUUACACAGUGGGAAGAUGGGGGGUAUUCCAUGCUUUAGUAUCACAAAGUGGGACCAAGGUGAUUCUUCAGCAGUC